CUAUUACACCACUUAUCAGUUUCAAUUUCAGUACUCUCAAUUAAAUUAAGUGUUUAUUCUAUGAUUAUAUUGCUAGGUAGGUACGGUACAGUAUUUAAUAAUUAAUUAAAGGUACCUACCUACUUAUAAAUUGAACGUCUGUAUGUAUGUGCAUAAAUAAUUUAAGAAACGAAAAUGACAACAUUACGACCGUUUACGUGUGAAGAUAUGCUGAGAUUUAACAAUGUGAAUCUAGACCCGCUGACAGAGACAUAUGGCCUAUCGUUUUACACGCAAUAUUUGGCACAUUGGCCAGAAUAUUUUCAAGUUGUGGAAUCACCUAGUGGAGAAAUUAUGGGAUACAUAAUGGGGAAAGCUGAAGGUCAUGGUGAGAAUUGGCAUGGUCAUGUUACAGCCUUAACAGUAAGUCCAGACUACAGAAGACUUGGACUUGCAGCAACAUUAAUGAAUUUACUUGAAGAGGUAUCUGAAAAGAAAAAAGCAUAUUUUGUGGAUUUGUUUGUAAGAGUGAGCAAUAAAGUAGCAAUAAAUAUGUAUAAAAACUUAGGUUACAUUGUUUAUCGUACAGUACUAGAAUAUUAUUCUGGAGAUCCCGAUGAAGAUGCCUAUGAUAUGAGAAAAGCCUGUUCGAGAGACAUUAAUAAACAAUCUGUUAUACCAUUAUCACAUCCUGUGAGGACUGAGGAUGUAGAUUAGAGAAAUAAAAGAUAGAUUUUA